AUGUUGGGCUUUCUUCAGCGCCUCGCGCGCUUCCUGGACCGCCCACUCUUCCCAUGGAAGAAACUCAUUAUCGGUUUCUCAGUCGGUCAGUAUCUAUUUGAAAGUUUCCUCAGCUGGCGUCAAUAUCAGGUCCUGCAGCGGACACAGCCUCCCAAGGUGCUCGAGCAUGAGGUUUCACAGGACGUUUUCGACAAGAGCCAGGCCUAUUCGCGGGCCAAGGCCAAGUUCUCUGCGAUCAAUGGAUUGUAUAGUCAGCUUCUGAAUCUGGGGUUCUACCAUUUCGAUGUGCUUCCGAAGCUUUGGUCUUGGACGGGCGACCUGCUCCUUCGCUGGGCACCGGCCCGUUUCAGUGGGGAAAUAUCACACUCCAUCGUCUUCAUUCUGGCCUUCAUCGUCAUCCAACAGGUCCUGUCACUUCCCUCUAGCAUCUAUCAAACAUUUGUGCUCGAGGAGAAGUUUGGUUUCAAUAAGCAGACUCCAAAACUGUUCGUGACUGACCUGAUCAAGACCAACAUGCUCUUCUUCUUCUUGGUUCCUCCUAUCCUCUUUGGGUUCCUGUCUAUCAUCAAGAAGACAGGCAACCAGUUCUUCUAUUAUCUCUGGAUGUUCGGUGCCGGGCUGCAGAUGUUCAUGAUAACCAUCUACCCAAUUGUCAUCCUCCCUCUCUUCAACAAGCUGUCUCCAUUGGAGGAGGGCAAACUCAAGACCGAUGUGGAGGACUUGGCAAAGAAGCUGAAGUUCCCACUGCAUGAACUCUACGUCAUCGAUGGCAGCAAGCGCAGCGCUCAUAGCAAUGCCUACUUCUUCGGUCUUCCUUGGAAGAAGCACAUCGUCAUCUAUGAUACGUUGAUCGAGAAGAGCGAGAAUGACGAGGUAGUCGCCGUCCUUGCUCAUGAGCUCGGCCACUGGAAGCUGGGCCACACGACCAAGAUUUUCGGCAUCUCUCAAGCCCAUUUCUUCUACAUCUUCGCGCUUUUCUCCGUCUUCAUCAACAAUAACUCUCUCUAUGCGGACUUUGGCUUCACUGACCAGCACCCCAUUAUCAUCGGCUUCUUGCUAUUCUCCGACAUUCUCGGCCCAAUGGAUAACGUUAUCAAGCUGAUGAUGAAUAUUCUCAGUCGCAAGUUUGAGUUCCAGGCUGAUGGUUUUGCCAAAGAGCUUGGCUAUAAGACUGAGCUGGCACGGUCAUUGAUUAAGCUGCAAAUCCAGAACCUGAGCACCAUGGAUGCCGAUUGGAUGUACGCCAGUUACCAUUUCUCUCACCCUAUCCUCCCGGAACGUCUCAAGGCGCUUGAGUGGGUGCCAACAUCGAAGGUGGCGGUCGAGAAGCCACAGAGUGAGAAGGAUACGAAGGAGGAUGUUGCUGUUGCGACUGGCAGGGAUGAGCUCUGCCGCCGGUCCGUGCAGCAGUCUCGGCUUAGGAACCCCAAUCGCAACGGCCAAUUCGAACUCGACCAAAAACUCUGGGACUACGACGGCGUUUCAGGGAACUCGACCGCGAACCCGCUUGCAAAGGCGGCGACAAACCCUAUUGUGCGCAACGACUCCAUGGUCAGCGUUACUAAAGUUCAGGUCACUCCCGCAACAAUGUCCCGCGUCACCACGACCGCCCUCCAGGCCGCCUUGCGCCGCCCAACCGCCCGUCUUCUGGCGUCCCGCGUUUCGGCGAUGGCGAUCGUGAGCAAGCCCACUGCGCGGAGCUUCUCCCACCUCCCGACCCUUCGCCCAACUCUCGUUCCCUCCUCUCCCGUAUUCCGCUCCCCCACGUCCACGUCCACCUCCACAACCUCCAUGUUCCAGCCCACAUCAGCCCUCAAUGGGUCACUAGCAGCUGCUGCCGAUGUCGUCCCCAAGUCGUCCCUCCUUGGCUCACACCCGUCCAUGGAUGCUGCGCAGAUCCGCGCUGGCCCGCGCAACACCAUGAACCGGUCGACACGCCUAAUCCAAAAGCGGCGCCACGGGUUUUUGGCGCGGAAGCGGUCGAAGACGGGGCAGAAGAUCCUAAAGAGGCGGAUAUGUAAGGGAAGGAAGAGGUUGGCUGCUCUGUGA